UUGAAAGGCUGGCUUAGGCAGCAAAAGGAUGUCCUCUGUCCUGUUGUUCAGUUGAAUGUACAGCGGUGGAGGUGGAUCUAUCUGUCCAUUCUGGUCCAAGGGAAUGCAUGUGCUUUUAGUUUGCAUCAAAACUACACAGACUUAUGGGAGCACUAUUAGACUUGAUCUAGCCUGUGGUCUGUCUCUCUAGACUGGAGUGAAACUGUGCUCGGUUACUGGUUCUAUAGGCAGCGGUUGCUAGCUGGGGAGGACCACAGCCAACUCAGACGUCCCUACUGUACCUAGACUGAACUUGAUGCACAACCAUUCUGGACUGAGGUGUCCAUUGCCCCAAAUGAAGUGUGAAAUCAAAUCACAGUGAUAAUCACACAGGCAGGGCACUCGCUGGACGCUACAGUAAUAUAUGUGAGAUGAAGGCCCAGCGAUGCUGCUGAGAUCCCCUCCGCCUCCUCGCCUCUGACGCCAUUAUGCUGAAGACGGAGGCCUCGGGGGAGAGGACCACUCUCCGGAGCGCCUCCCCUCACCGCAACGCCUAUAGGACAGAGUUCCAAGCCCUGAAGAAGGCCUUCGACCAGCCGCCCCGGCAGGACAGCAAGGAGCCCCAGCUCAAGGACCCUGAGCGGGUCACCCAGCGUCGAGGACGACAGUAUGGCGCACACGUCAGCCGCAUCAAGGACAUGUUCAUGCAGAUGCAGGGCACAGAGAGCACCGUCGCCGCCACCAGACGGGAAGACCCAUCGCCUCAGAAGAUAACCAAGCCCACCAACUUCAUCAACAAGGCGGACGGCUCGGUCAUCAAGCUGACGCAGCACCCUACAGCAGACCGAACCAGUGCAGGGUCAAAGGUCAUAGAGACCAGGAGGCUGUUUGAGCAGCAGUCGCGCGACGCCUCCCAGUCACCCGUCUACUCCUACGGUCGGGAGAAGAGGGGUUCUUAUGAGCACCUGGACGACUGGCGAGGGGCGCGCUCCAACAGGGGCAGCACAGACUCCCUGGACUCGCUGUGUUCCAGAACGGAAGCCCAGUCACCCACAGUGAGCCAGCUGAGUGCUGUGUUUGAGAACGUCGACCAACAGGGAGGGGGAGGAGGGGGCGAGGGUCCGUUCCGGCGAGGCUACCGAGGCCGGGCACUAUACUCCCCUGACAAUUCCCACCGGUACAGCGACGUCAGCGAAGACGACUCGCGCCAGUCCCCGGUGCCUGGCGGAGGGUGCAGGAUCCGCGUGGGGGGAAAAUUCCCCAUAUCCUCGUCCUCAGAGGACCUCCUCAGCCCCAGCCCGCUGUCAGAGGCAGUGGAGCUAAAACCCGUCCCGCAGCAGGAGGAGCCCCAGGAGAGAGAGGAGACAGCAGGGGAGUUAGGACAGAGGGACAGAGAGAGACAUCCCGUAAGGGCCACCACCAACGGAGGCGAGGUGAACGGAGCGUGUGAUGAGAAACAGGUGGAGGAAACUGAAACCUUCAGAGAGACGGAGGGAGUCUGCAUGGAGUCAAGGCCCACGACUGAACCCAUUGUCAGGGACAAGACUUCUGAGGACACCCCGGAUACCCCAGCCACCCCAGCCAGGGAUGAAGCCCAAGAGGAGGCAGAGGCCCUUGGGGAGGAGGUGGAGAUGGAGAAGGCUUCCUCCAGGCCCAGGGUUUCUCCAGAGGACCAAGCAGAAUUGCCCAAUGAGGAAUACAGUGGGAACGAAAGGGUGAUUUUUAACACGGACGGGGACGCUUGCUACCAGGGCUGGGGGGAGAGCUGUACUGACCCUGACGAUGACCUUUAUGGUGACGAUGAUGUCAUCUAUGACCCUGGGAAUGAUCUUACUGAGAUCCCUGGUCUACCAGAAGAAGAGAAGGAGGAUAUCCCUCAGAAGAGGAAACUACGCUUCAGCACCAAACCCAUGAUGGUGUUCAACACCUACUGUAACGAGGACUAUGACAGGAGGAAUGAGGAGGUGGACCCGGUGGCCUCGUCAGCAGAGUACGAGCUGGAGAAGAGGGUGGAGAAACUGGAGCUGUUCCCUGUAGAGCUGGAGAAAGAUGAUGAUGGCCUUGGUAUUAGCAUCAUAGGGAUGGGAGUGGGUGCUGACGCUGGUCUGGAGAAACUGGGAAUCUUUGUCAAGACUGUCAUUGAGGGCGGGGCGGCUGAGAGAGAUGACAGUGUGUUGUUUCGUAGGAUCAAAGUGAACGACCAGAUUGUGGAGGUGGACGGCACCAGUCUGGUGGGAGUGACCCAGAGCUUUGCUGCCUCCGUCCUGAGGAACACCCAGGGAGUGGUCAGGUUUGUGAUUGGUCGAGAGCGUCCGGGCCAGGUGAGCGAGGUGGCUGCUCUGAUCCAACAGACUCUGGAGCAGGAGAGGAGACAGAGAGAGAUGCUGGAGCAGCAGUAUGCCCAGUAUGCCCAGUACGACGAUGAGACAGGGGAGUAUGCCACUGAUGAGGAGGAGGAGGAGGAUGAGGAGGCAGGGCCAGCUGCGGACAGGGCCAGAGACGGGGGGGGCGACGACGAGAAGAGCAUUGAGGUGUUCGAUUUGCCAGAAGCGGAUGACAUCAUUUCCCCCUCAGAGUUGGAUGCCACCAAACUCUACCAGAAGUUCAGAGAGCUGCAGAUCAAGCACACUGUCACCGAGGCAGAGAUACAGAAGCUCAAAAACAAGCUAGCAGCGGUGGACAGGGAGAAGGCGCGCUGGGAGAAGGAGAAGACCCAGCUGAAGGCCAGCAUGGAGGAGAACAAGGAGAGGAUGCUGAAGCUGGAGAGUUACUGGAUCGAGGCCCAGACCCUGUGCCACACGGUCAACGAGCACCUGAAGGAGGCCCAGUGCCAGUACACCACCCUAGAGAAGAAGUACAACAAGGCCAAGAAACUCAUCAAAGAUUUCCAGCAGAAGGAGGUGGAGUUUGUCCAGAAGGAGGAUGCAGAGAGGAAGAGGCUGGAGGAUGCAGAGAAGUCCCACCUGGAAGAGAUCCAGGGACUGCAAGUCAGGAUUGCAGCCCUGGAGUUUGAGCUGAUGCAACUGAUGAAACAAAAUGGCAUCCAGGUGAACAACAACAACAGUGCCCAACGGAGUCCUGGAAAGGCCGGUCCUGCCAGAGAGAUGAGUGAGGCGCUUCCCCACGCUGGUAGCAAACAGAGACUCUCCAGAGGACUACUACGGGACAGCAUCAGCUCUACAGAGGGAGAGGCAUCAGAGGGCCCUGGCAGUACUCGUUCGUCCAUCCGGAGUGCAGCUUCCAGUACUGUGGAUGAGUCCAGACCCUCCAGGGCCCCUGGCAGUGCUGAGGACUCCCCCAGACAUACCCUCCUCCAGCAGGCUGCAGACAACGACGGGUCUCAGUCUCCUCUGGUGUCCAGCCCCUCUCUCAGCCUGGAGGAGAAGACCAUCAGGAGAGGUCUGGACCCACUGACACGAAGCAAAGGGAAGGACCCCAGAAGCUCACCUGGAAACAGUUCUACAGAACCCUCUGCUGAGAAUAGCCCAGAGAAACUCAAGGCCAAGGGUCCUGUGGUGAAGGAUGAUCUGAGUGUCAGCAGUAGCAGCUCAGUGGAGGUCAGUGGUCUGCUGACUGAAGCCAAGGUGCCCAGUCGCUCACACACCCUGGUGCUCUCCUCAGACGAGAUCCUAGAUGAGGGCCAGUGCCCCAAGCAGCACCAGUGGCAGAACAUCAGUGUGACAGAGUGGACCUCCCAGCAGGUGUCCCUCUGGCUCAUGGGACUAAAUCUGGAGCAGUACAUCCCAGAGUUCACGGUCAACAAUGUGGACGGAGACCAGCUACUGCAGCUGGACAGCACUGAGCUUAAGACCCUUGGCGUUGCCUCCUCCCAGGACCGGGCUCUGAUCAAGAAGAAGGUGAAGGAUCUCAAGGUCCUGAUGGAGAAGGCUCGGCGGAACCGGCAAAAACUUGACAAACGGCGAGCGAAGCUUUGCAAGAAAGAGCUUGAGCAGCAAAAGAAACAGGCCCACAAACCCAGCAACAAGGGCCACUCCGAAACAGCAGGGGGCGCAGCAGAGUAACCCACGCCUUUAAGACCUACCUCUCCUUGUCUUUCUACCAACCACCGCUACCGAGUAACAUCUCCAGGGAUAGAAACAGUCAGCAGAAACACGAAGCUGAACACCUAACAGGGCUUGAGUUCAGGCUGUAGUGGUGGAGGCUGUCGAACUACUGUACCACCAAACAGAUGAUACCAAAAUGAGCAGACAGUUGGAUAGUAAAGAUGCUGCCCCCCCACCUGCCUCUCACCUCGUAGUGUUUCCAAACCUCCUGCUCCAUUACAUUUGAUUUACUUUGGUGUAAUUUAAAUAUAUUUAUUCAUUUUAAAAGUCUGAGUAUCUUUUUAAAAGUCAUAUCACAUCUGUCUGUGUUCCUCCUCUUUCUAUGAUGUGUUAUAUAAAACACCUUUAGACAUAAUGAAAAGGUAGUGAAUGUACAUAUAUGAUAAUAUAUUGAUAAAUAUGUCUAAUGUGCCAUUUUUUAUAUAGAGAACAUGUUUAUCCUGUGCAGAUAGCUAGAUGGAUUUAUAAAAUCUGAAUCUCCCCUCAUAGCUCUGAUGAAGCACAUUACAUAUUGUAUAAAAGGCCUGUGUCGUGGAUGGUGGUGCAAUUACUGAAUCUCACCACUAGGGGCCAUACCUGUGUAGUGGAUGGUGGUGCAAUAUCCAGAACUCACCACUAGGGCCCAGGCCUGCUGCUUGAAUCCUACCACUGGAGAAUGACAACAACACUGGAACUACUCAAGAGGAACUCACGUCUAUUGAGCAGACAAGUUUCAAGACUUAGUGGAAUAAGAACCAAGCCUGUGGGAGGAACAAGAAGUAUUCAUGUUCUUUACUGGAACUAAACUGGAGGUCCCAACACUGGAAGUUCAACGACUGUAUGAACUAAACCCUUUACUCUGCAUACAGUAAACCUGCCGCUGUAUCGUAUUAGAGCACUUCACACUAUGAAUGACUAAAGUCGUAGUGAGUCGACUGAUUCCUCUUUGUGUGAAGUGAACAUUUCCAUGAAUUUGUAACAUACCAAACCCUGCUCCCAAAACAUUAUGGUGGGAUGUCAAGAGAAGAUCCUGAGUUAUGCAUAAUGUCGCUUCUUCAACCUCUUCCUGUAACCUGCUUUCAACCUCUAGUUGAUGUUAUCUGAAUAACUAAAGUAAUUCCCAACCGCUGCCUUUUCAUAACGCCACCCGCUUUUACCCGAGUGUUAAAAUGGAGUGAGACCACAUUUAGUUAUCCAUUAUUCUAUUUUAUUUCCCAAAUGUCUCUAAGCUGGCAAAUAAGAUGACCAUGCCGUCAUUCUUUUGUGAUUUGAUCUUUGUGUUGUAUGCCCUGGGAUAACGCAAAGCCUCUUUGGUUAGUAUUCUUAGAACAGGGCGUAGUAUUUACCCCACUAACUGGGUUUAUUGGUUUGUUUACGUGUUUGUUUAUUUGUUUGUUUAUUUGGAUCCCCAUUCGUUUUUUCCCGAAGCAGCAGUUACUCGUUCUGCGGGCCACAAAAAAAAACACAAAACAUGACAAGUAACAAAAUACUGAUACACUGAUAAACAACAGUCACACACAUUUGAAAUACAACGACACACAAACAAUAAAACAACAAAAAUAAAUCAAACAACAAAACUAAACUGAAACAUGAAGAAAGACACAAAAUCAAAGGAGAGGGUUGUAUUUGUGUACAGGUUCAUAACAGGCUCAUCAUGACUGGGGCCCUUGGUUUCACCGCGGUACGUACACGAUUACAAACAUUGCACUAGAUACAUGCACGCAAUACAGUCCGACCACUUUGGAUUUUAUAUCUCAAUGUUUCUUAAUAGAUACCUUUACCUUUUGAAAUGACAUGGACAUCGUUGCUGUGAUGAUGCUGUAUGCAAUAUGUCUUUUGAAUAUAUGUCAGUCAUUCUGUCCCAUUAUCUUACCCAGGAAUCAUCAUUUGGUCAUGUUUACAUACAACGUAUGGCCAUUGAAAUGUCUCCAUGACGGUGAUGCUACUGUUGUUGCAACAGAGUAGGGUGAAGUUGCCCCUUGACACUGAUCUUGUGUCAGGUUUGCAUUUCCUCCACUAAUGGUUAAGGUUAGGAUUGGAGGAAAAGAAGCUGAUCCUAGAUCUGUACCUAGGGCAAACUUCACCCCGGAGCCUGAUGCAGCAGAAACAUGUAAGGCAGCUUUGGAUACAGUAGUUCCCAUCCCUGUUAAAGGGAUAGUUCACUCAAAAACAAAACCCAUCAGAGUCACAGUUUCUGCUCUGUACUGAAAGUGCUCUAUCUUGAAAACGUGACUGCUGACACACACAAUUCUGUGGGAUUGUGUUAACAGUGGACUAAUGAACAAAAUGCUAACGGAUAGUUUUUCAGUGAACUGUCCCUUUAAAGAGACAUAAAUAUGAUAGUACCAUGCAAUGCCACUUAGAUUACACUGGUAUUAAUGUUUAUUUGAUAUUAUUUGUAAUUUUUAUGCUAAAAACAAAGCAUUUUGGCUAUUGUUUAUAAUAACUUAUGCAACAGAGUAUUAACGCAUAAUUAUAAUAUCGAGAAAUUGUAUGAAUACCCUUUGCCCAAAAAAAAUCUAAAACAAAUGUUCAUAAAACGUCUUAAAAAUUAUCAUCAAAUUGAGGGAUUACCGAGGCUUGAAGUUUGUAUGUUAACCCGAUUUAGGGCUCUAUUCAAUCCGUGGCGCUGAAGAACCGCUUUAUAGUGCGGUUGACAAUUAAAUGCAAUGUUCCCGCAGUCGCAGAGACUCAUGGUAAACGCUGCAUAUGUCAGAUCAAUCGGAAAUUGCCUUAACAUCACGCGGAUCUUCCACGAUACUUCGGCGAUAUGGAAUGAAUCCAGCCCUCACUGGAACAGGGUCACUGGAACAGAGUCGCUGUCAUUGUUCCAUUGUUUUCCUUCUCCUUUCUACUGUGUUGCGUCUCAUGCAGUCAUCACAUUUUCUCCAAACCAGUGCUAGAACAGCACUGAGAGCCUGUACAAAAAAAAAACAUUUUGAAGGUAAAGCUUUUCUAUGUUUUUGUCAUGUCCUUCUCUAGCUCUGGUCCAGGGCGUUAGUGCACGUUCGGAGGCAGAGGCAACUCGUUGUUGUUGUCGUCGCGAUGGAUCAGAGCUAGUCCUUUUCUACCUGUAUAAAGAACCCGAGGUACCAUGAUGAUGCCUGUACAGAGUCCCAGUAGCAUCCUCAAUAUGAAUUGAACUCCUUAUUUUAGUGGUGAAUCAGGUGACUUGUCUGGGGCUACAACAACAAUGUGUGCUGUUGGGGAUACGGGAGGACUGGAGCUGGGAACCACUGACCUAUAUAGGGUGCCAUCUUGAAUGCACAACGUAGCCUCUAUUACUCAUGUUAAAUAAACCAGAUGAGUUGAACCUGUCA